CCACGUGAUCAAUGUAAUACUUGUGCUUUCUGUUCUUCAAAUGCCACCAACUAUGCUCACAAACUCCGUUAAUAAGUGUUGUUUUUCGGCAUUGCGCAGUUACUAAUUGUUUAAGUGCUACUUUUAAACACUUAAACAAAACUAUCACCAGGCAUUUCUGCCGUUUCUAGAAACUUGUAAGGAUUUAUAAGUUAUUAUCAGCCUCGCUGUUCCACCUGGACACUUGUCAACUGACGUUUGCUUGGUUGUUGUGAGCCUGGAGAGGAGGGGAAAAUAAACGGGAUACAAAUGCGGCUGAAAGACCCCUUCUCUUUAAGAACCGCAGACAUGACCAAGCGGUCCAACAAGCCAAAAAAGCCUCGGGAUGAAGACUCUUCCGAUGAGGUCGGCGGGCUGACAUGUCAGCAUGUGAGCAGAGCUGUGGACCUCAGUUCAGUGAAGAAGGCAGUGACGGGCAGCCUGUGGUCUGUCUGCUCGGAAUGCCUUAAAGAGAGAAAGAUGUUUGAGGGAGAUGCAGCAGGAGUUCAUGACAUCAUUGUGUGCCUCAAGUGUGGGUUCCAGGGAUGUAACCAGGCAGAAUCUCAGCAUUCUACAAAACACCAGCAAGCCCAUCACUCUGAUUCUCACUGUAUUACCAUCAGCCUCAGUACGUGGAAGGCCUGGUGCUUUGAAUGUAAUGAAGAGCUCUCCACUCACUGCAAUAAGAAGGCACUCGCUCAGACUCUAGACUUCCUCCAGAAGCACUCGGCAAAAACCACCUCAGGAACAACCUCCAAAAUCAUCAAGCUCAGAGAAGAACCCACAGAGUGUGUGAACAGCACACUGACCCCUGUGAAGGGCAUCAACAACCUGGGCAACACCUGCUUCUUUAAUGCUGUCAUGCAGAAUCUCUCCCAGACUCACAUGCUGAACGACCUGAUUCAGGAAGUCAAGGAGAAAGGACAUAAAAUAAAGAUCUGCCCUACUGCUGAAAAUACCUUGGGGCCACUAACUGUGACAUUGCCCAGCCCAGACCCCCUCACCUCAGCUAUGUUCCUGUUCCUUCAAAGCAUGAAGGAGCCUGGCAAAGGGCCCGUCUCCCCCAAGAUCCUUUUCAACCAGCUCUGUCAGAAGGCGCCUCGAUUUAAAGGUUACCAGCAACAGGACAGUCAGGAAUUGUUACACUACCUUCUGGACUCUGUGAGAGUGGAAGAGACGAAGCGGAUUAAAGCAGGCAUCCUCAAAGCCUUUAACAACCCCACCGAGAAAACGGCUGAUGAAGAGACCAAACGACAAGUGAAGGCUUAUGGGAAGGAAGGUGUAAAAAUGAAUUUUGUUGAUCGUAUUUUCGUCGGAGAACUAACCAGCACCAUAAUGUGUGAGGAGUGCGAACACAUUUCUACCGUGAAAGAAGCCUUCAUUGAUAUCUCACUCCCCAUCAUAGAGGAAAGGAUCUCUAAGCCCACAAACCUGGGUAGACUGGGGAAAAGUGGGCGGGACCAGGAUGUUCUGGGCUCCCAUGUCGACGACUUAUCAACUGCCCAUUCACAGGCCAAUAGAAACACUAGGAGGAUGAGUGGACAGAAACCACAGAGUCGACAUUCGUCCACUUCUCACGAUGAGAGGGUAGCAGACUCUUUAUCUAGCCGACAAGAGGAAGAGCUCUGUGUGGCUGGGCGUGGCCUAGCCAGUUACCCGGCUGAUACGACGGGCAGCCAAUCAGACUGCAGCGACAAGGAUUCCAACUUGGACAGCAGUAAUGAUGCGGACAGCGAGGCAUCUGAAAGUGAAUGGUCUCCCCGAAACCCAUGCACACCGAGUCACUGUAGCACCUCAGAUAAAGCGUUCACCACGACUACACCAACAGCAAUGCACAACGUAAAGCCGAACCUGAGCCCAAGCUCAACCAGCAUACCCUCUCUUAGACCUCAACAGGGUGGUGCCGUAGAGCAGCUUGUCAGCGCCGUGUCCAAGUUGGGCCUGGUGCACACUUCCACCGACACCCUGCCUGUCAGCCACUGCCCAGAUGAGCAGGCGGAGAACCGGGACAGGGAGAGAGAUCGUCAGCAUCAUCAAGGGGCUUUUCAAGCCCUUUGUCACAGCUACACACCCAGUUCCAAAGAGUGCUCUGUGCAAUCCUGCCUGCAUCAGUUUACCUCUGUUGAGCUGCUCAUGGGCAACAACAAACUGCUUUGUGAGAACUGCACUGAGCGGAGGCAGAGACAGCCGAAGAGAAGUAGCGGUGCAGAUAAGAAAGCCGAGAAGGUCUACACCAGUGCCCGUAAACAGAUGCUUAUCUCUGCCCUUCCUCCAGUGGUCACCCUUCACCUGAAACGCUUUCACCAGGCUGGGAUGAAUCUGAGGAAAGUUAAUAGACAUGUGGACUUUCCUCUUAUUUUGGACCUGGCACCAUUCUGCUCUGCCACUUGCAAGAACCUUGGAUCGGGAGAGCGCGUGCUGUACAGCUUGUAUGGCAUUGUGGAACACAGCGGAUCGAUGCGAGGGGGGCACUACGCUGCUUAUGUGAAGGUCUGCGCCCCUGCACGUAGAACUGAGCAGCGGAGAAACCAGUCAGGUCCAAGAGAGGCAAGUUCUGCACCACAAGGUCAGUGGGUUUAUGUUAGCGACACCAACGUACAGACUGUACCGGAGUCCAGAGUGCUUAACUCUCAAGCUUAUUUACUCUUCUAUGAAGAGCUGCCGUAGAGCUGCGUGACCGUAAAAUGUUCCAGAUGAACUCUGGCAACAGACAAUAUCAGCUUGGACAACACCUGUCACCUACUGCAUGCCUCUGAAUUUUAAUGUCAGAAGGAUUCUACAUACUGUACUAAAUACAAGCUUGGCCAUAAAGCCCCAGGGUCUUAUUCAUUACUCAAAGAUGAUCUGAAUAGGGAUUGGACAAUGGGAUUAAUUAUUAUAGAUGUAAAAUGAUGUUCUAAAUGUAAGUUAUUUAUGACAUAUUUUUAUUUGUCAAAAGGAGACAUUUAUUUUGCAGGCGUAUUUGCCAAAGAGUAAUUUACAAAAACAUGCAUAAUAUAUGAAAUACAAGUGGGAAAUAGGAAGAAUGACCUUGGUCAUAAGAAUAUCUACUCCCUGUAAUGAAAGGAAAACUCGGCAUCAUUUUAUUUUGCCCUGGAUUAUACAAUAUCACACAAACGGAUAUGAAGAGUUGUUUUGCAAAAACAUGUUUUUGUUGUGCAAUCCAAGUAAUGUCAAUCGAACUUCAGUCGGGUUGUUUUGAUUGGGUAAUAUUAACUUAAAUAAAUACAGCUAACGAACAUAAUAAAAAGUUAUAUGUUUUUGUAAACAAACUCUUCAUAUACUCGCAGACACAACAUGUAAUGAAGUGUUUAGAGACAGUACUCCAUAUUCAAAACAUUGCUCGGUUACUCUGUAAUAAAUAAAAAAUGGUUAAUUUUCGUUUUUGCUUUGGUUUACAAUACAGCUGUAGCUUUCACCUAAUUUUUCAGUGUUUCAUGACAUAGAUUUGAAUUGCCCCUUUACGGUUUCAUGAAGUCAUUUGAUUUUGAGGUAUAACAUAUUUCAUCAUAUAUAGUUCUAAUGUUAGGGAGUUGGACUUUAUAAAACAAAGCCUAAUUUUUAUGUUGCAGAAUUGAAAUAUUAAAUACUGAAAUAUUCCCCCGCCUCGUGACUUUUGAACCCACAUCAGUGCCUGCAGUUUAUGAGGGCUAAGAUUUUGCAUGUUUUGAGCAAAGUAUUAAGAUCAUCAGCAUAAAGAGAAUGGUAUAUACAGUAUAUACCGAAUUAGCAAUACACAUACUGUUUAUCACUGUAGCCUAUAUAGAAUCUGUACCAUUUUCUAUACCGUUCAUUUGGUUUAAUGGCCAGAUAUUGUAACACCUCAUUUGUGGUAUCUGAGUCUGCAGGGGUCUUCAAGCUUUUCUUUUGCUUGAAUUUUGUGAGCAUAAUCAAAUAUUAUCUAUUUGAGUGAUUUAGGAUCAUUUAUUUGAUGAAAACCUUUGACUGCUGCCUGUGAGUGGAUUAUUUUAAUUGUUUUUGGGCUUUUGCAUUCUUCUGGGUCUGGUUGGUCUUUCUGGAGACAUUGUUGGCCAUUAGCCUGCGCUGUCGCCACAAAUCCCAGGAUGCCAUUUUCACUCUUUACACAGUGGCGAUUCGGCGUGACGGGUGCAAAGGCGUGCUGUUUUAGAACAUGUCCCUGACUGGUGAAGAAGAGGUGGGUGUGGAAUCGAGAAAAGGGCAACGUCCGAAUUCAUCCCGUUCUCCUCUCCUCAUUAUGUGACACAAGCUGUUAGACUGUUAUCAGUUACAACCAUGUGUACAGACACCAACAAGAAUGUGUAAUCUAUGUGAAGUGUGUGUCUAUUUUUAAAGCAGGAUUCUGGGUUAGGGACAUUGCAGGUUUUUGCAGAUCAUAUGUGAUUUAAUCCGAGUUAAUGAUAAGAUGUGUUCCCUCAGUCCAAACUGACAGAGGAACCUGAUAUGGGGGACGGGUGGAGCUGCUUUUCCUUUCAGAAGAACCUGCUGAAUUGGUAGAAAGAUCACUCGCCUGCCAGUAAGAGAUAUAGUACAUGCCUUAAAAUAAAUGCCAAGACAUGUUGUUGGGGUGGCAUGUCACAUACCUCCAGGGCAGACAUAACGAAUGCUUACAAAGGAUGAUGCUUGUUAUCGUUUUGAUCCAGCUGUGAUUUCUGGAGAACACAACAACAUAUCCAAUUCUGUCACUCUUUGGAAUGUCAUUCUGUCUGUUUGGGAUGGCAAUGCAGUAUUUUUGUCUGCAAACAGUUCAAUUAUAUUCCCUGGAUUUCAAUUGAAUAGGUGGGUAAUCUACUCUUUAUUUGGGGGGGUUUCAGACAGUCUUCUUUAUUUUUACUUAUUGUGUAAAUAUAUCAGAGAGAUUUGGUUUAUUCAACUCUUAGGUGUUUUAUGCAUUCAAAUAGUUCAUUGCAGUUUUAAUCUUCACACAUCUCUCCUUUCUUUGAGACUGAAGAUAUAUAAAUAAAAUAAAUACUGAAAAUUGUUUGUUUUUAUUUUGGUAAUGUAGGCCAUGUAGUCACUAUUGUUUUACCCUUUUUUAUUUUUCCCUUCACUGGGUGGGAUUAAUUUAAUAUUUCACAAUCCUUACAUUAUUGCUGUCAUGAAAUCUGCAUGCUAUUAACCAUGAAAAAAGAAACUAGUGUAUGGCAUUGCAGUUUAACUUCCAAUCUUCUCCCUGCUGAUUUCCAGAUUAGCAACAGUUUUAUAAACCCACAACAUUGUCAGUUUAACAUAUUUUCAUUAAUCUAUCUAUAUGCAUAUUUCACAAUUUAUGUUGCAUACAGUGACACUGUAGUUAUUUAAAACUACGCUGAUCAGACGCGGAGCUCAAAAAUCAAAUUAGCUUAUUCUUUUAUAAUGUAUGUAUAUAUAGAGAGAGCGAUAUAUAUAUAAAUAGAUAUU